AUGGAUGACAAAGAUCAAAAAUGAAAUAAAAGCACAGACCUGAUGAACCAGAACAAUGAGGUGACCCAAAACACGAGGUUUGAAGUGAAGGAAGCAGAGAAUAUCACAGGAGAGAGCACUGAAAAGCAUAAAGACAAGACUCAGUUUGAAGAAGAAGAGAAGAUACCUCACAAGGAUCUCCCACAAGAAGACAAUUUCAAGGUCACGGAUAUUGACAAAGUAAUGGCAGUGCCUACUUCAGACUUAUUAGAAGUAACUGAAACGCUACACCCAGAUGUGGUUACCACCGAUAUCAAAGGCGAUCCAAAGCUUGCAAGUAUUUCUGGAGUACUGCCGCCUUGACCACAACCUCAAGGAGUAGAACGCCCUCAGGAUGCUGAAGACCAGAAGGAAGAAGACAAAGAAACUGAUUCUAGACCUAUAGAGGAGGCUCAAACCUCUGAGAACCAAUCCGAACUCCCAUCUGCACAAACUAGUCUCAACCAAGGCAAAGAUGAAGUCCAAAUGAAGUCUAAGCCUGGACCUAAAAAGCCAAUGUCUCCUUUCUUCCAGUUUUCCAAAAACAGGAGGGAACAACUUAAGCAACAGAACCCUGGCUUGAGCAUGAGAGAUGUGAAUAUGCUUCUAGCUCAAGAGUGGAAAGCCCUGACUCCUGAAGCCAAAGCCCCUUUCAAAGACCUUGCUGCUAAGGAUAAGGAGAGGUACGAGAGGGAGAAGAAAGAGCUUAAUCAGUCAGAAAUUUCAGAGAGCAAACUCCAGUAGAUCCUGUUGUGCAAGAACCCAAGCCUAUGAGGUAAUUAUGUUUCAA